CGGGCUGCACUCGUGCUGCUGGGGCCAGACGGCGAGGACUGAUGCAGAGGUGAGGAGUCGGGUCAAGGGACCGGAGGACGAGCAGAGCCACAGAUGAGAGGAAACGUGGUGGAAUAGACCCCGAAGAGACGGGAAAACGUGGUGGAAUAGACCCCGAAGAGACGGGAAAAGGUGGUGGAUAGACCCUGAAGAGACUGUAAAGGUGGUGGACUGGACCCCGAAGAGACGGGAAAACGUGGUGGAUAGACCCUGAAGAGACGGAGUAGACCCUAAAGAGACGGAGUAGACCCUGAAGAGAUGGGAAAAGGUGUUGGAUAGACCCUGAAGAGACGGAGUGGGCCCAGAAGAGACUCUAAAGGUGGUGGAUAGACCCUGAAGAGACGGGAAAAGGUGGUGGAAUAGACCCCGAAGAGACGGGAAAAGGUGGUGGAUGGACCCUGAAGAGACUAAAGGUGGUGGACUAGACCCUGAAGAGACUCUAAAGGUGAUGGAUAGACCUUGAAGAGACUGUAAAUGUGGUGGACUAGACCCUGAAGAGACGGGAAAAGGUGGUGGAUAGACCCUGAAGAGACUAAACGUGGUGGAUAGACCUUGAAGGGACUCUAAAGGUUGUGGACUAGACCCUGAAGAGACUCUAAAGGUGGUGGAUAAACUCUGAAGAGACUCUAAAGGUUGUGGACUAGACCCUGAAGAGACUCUAAAGGUUGUGGACUAGACCCUGAAGAGACUCUAAAGGUGGUGGAUAGACCCUGAAGAGACUCUAAAGGUGGUGGAUAAACUCUGAAGAGACUCUAAAGGUUGUGGACUAGACCCUGAAGAGACUCUAAAGGUGGUGGAUAGACCUUGAGGAGACUCUAAAGGUUGUGGACUAGACCCUGAAGAGACGGAGUAGACCCUGAAGUGACUCUAAAGGUUGUGGAGGAGACCCUGAAGAGAGGGGAACGUGGUGGAUAGACCCUGAAGAGACUCUAAAGGUGGUGGAAUAGACCCCGAAGAGACUCUAAAGGUGGUGGAGGAGACCCUGAAGAGACUCUAAAGGUGGUGGAGGAGACCCUGAAGAGACGGGAACGUUGUGGAUAGACCCUGAAGAGACUCUAAAGGUGGUGGAUAGACCUUGAGGAGACUCUAAAGGUUGUGGAGGAGACCCUGAAGAGAGGGGAACGUGGUGGAUAGACCCUGAAGAGACUCUAAAGGUUGUGGACUAGACCCUGAAGAGACGGAGUAGACCCUGAAGUGACUCUAAAGGUUGUGGAGGAGACCCUGAAGAGACUCUAAAGGUGGUGGAGGAGACACUGAAGAGAGGGGAACGUGGUGGAUAUACCUUGAAGAGACUCUAAAGGUGGUGGACUAGAUCCUGAAGAGACUCUAAAGGUGGUGGACUAGACCCUGAAGAGACUCUAAAGGUGGUGGACUAGACCCUGAAGAGACUCUAAAGGUGGUGAUAGACCCUGAAGAGACUCUAAAGGUGGUGGACUAGAUCCUGAAGAGACUCUAAAGGUGGUGGACUAGACCCUGAAGAGACUCUAAAGGUGGUGGACUAGACCCUGAAGAGACUCUAAAGGUGGUGAUAGACCCUGAAGAGACUCUAAAGGUGGUGGACUAGACCCUGAAGAGACUCUAAAGGUGGUGGAUAGCACUUGAAGAGACUCUAAAGGUGGUGGACUAGACCCUGAAGAGACUCUAAAGGUGGUGGAUAAACUCUGAAGAGACUCUAAAGGUGGUGGAGGAGACCCUGAAGAGACGGGAACGUUGUGGAUAGACCCUGAAGAGACUCUAAAGGUUGUGGACUAGACCCUGAAGAGACUCUAAAGGUGGUGGAUAGACCUUGAGGAGACUCUAAAGGUUGUGGAGGAGACCCUGAAGAGAGGGGAACGUGGUGGAUAGACCUUGAAGAGAGGGGAACGUGGUGGAUAGACCCUGAAGAGACUCUAAAGGUUGUGGACUAGACCCAGAAGAGACUCUAAAGGUGGUGGACUAGACCCUGAAGAGACUCUAAAGGUGGUGGAUAGCACUUGAAGAGACUCUAAAGGUGGUGGACUAGACCCUGAAGAGACGGAGUAGACCCUGAAGAGAGGGGAACGUGGUGGAUAUACCUUGAAGAGGCUCUAAAGGUGGUGGAUAGACCCUAAAGAGACUCUAAAGGUGGUGGAUAGACCCUAAAGAGACUCUAAAGGUGGUGGACUAGACCCUGAAGAGACUCUAAAGGUGGUGGAUAGACCCUGAAGUGACUCUAAAGGUUGUGGAGGAGACCCUGAAGAGAGGGGAACGUGAUGGAUAGACCCUGAAGAGGCUCUAAAGGUGGUGGACUAGACCCUGAAGAGAGGGGAACGUGGUGGAUAGACCCUGAACAAACGGGAACGUGCUGGAUAUACCUUGAAGAGACUCUAAAGGUGGUGGAUAGACCCUAAAGAGACUCUAAAGGUGGUGGACUAGACCCUGAAGAGACCGGGGGGCGUCUGGGGGUCGGCAGCAGCUGAUUCAGGAGAUCAAACCAACACACAGGGGAGUUGAUGCAGACCGAAGCUCCGCUGAAACUUGCAGGAACCAGCUUUACGAUGAUCCACAACACCCUGAAGAGCUCCCCCCCGGCGGAGCACGGCCCCCGGAGGACCAGCUCCGCCGCCCAGAGGAAGCUGUGGCGCUACUCGGGCUGCAGAGGCAGCGGCGGCGCGGCGGAACACCGCCGCAGCGUGUGCGUGUUGACGGCGGACCUGAACGCCGGCGACGGCACCGGCAGAGGCGUGGGCGCGGGGGUGGUGCACACCAUCCACGGCCUCUGCCGCCUCUGCAUCGGAUGCAAGCUGCCACAGGUGACCAUCCUCCGAGGAAAGGAUGGAUAUGGAUUCACCAUCUGCUCCGACUCGCCGGUGAGGGUGCAGGCCGUCGAUCCAGGGGGUCCGGCGGACCAGGCCGGCCUGCAGCAGCUCGACACUCUUCUGCAGCUGAACGGCCAGCCGGUGGAGCAGUGGAAGUGCGUGGACUUGGCCCACGCCAUCAGGAACAGCGCCAGUGAGAUCACGGUGGUGGUUUGGCGCACCGGUCCCUCGGCCAAGCCCAGCUUCGACGGCCUGAUCCACCGGCCGUCCUACAAGCCGUCCACCUCCAACUACGAGGCCCCGUCGCCCCCCACCCGCCGCCACGCCCCGGACCUGGGGCCCAGCAAGGCCCCCCCGGCCGUGCCGCCCCUGCCGGCCCACCACCGCGCCGCCGCCGCCCGCCGGCUGCUGGUCAACGGCUCGGAGGCCGGGAACCCCGGGAACGCUGGGAACGCCGGGGGCCGGGGGACGCUGGCCUGGGGGGCCCAGGGCGGCUCGGCCGAGGAGCUGGACGGGAAGCCCCGCCUCCUGCACCACCCCCCCACGGCCACCCUGAAGGGCACGCGGGUCAAGGCCUCCAACGGGGACAACUACAUCAUCCUGGCCCCCAUCAACCCUGGAAGCCAGAUCCUGAGGCCGGUUUAUCCGGACAAUCAAGGGACGCUCGCUGCAGGUUUUAGCCGGUUACAGCAGACCCGCCAGACCGCGGGCCCCCAGGGUGGAGGGGCUUUUCCUGGGGGCGGGGGCGGGGGCGGGGGCCUCUCCGGACGCUCCGGCCUCCUGCGUCGCUCCAACAACUUCAAGCUGUCGAAGGGCUCGUCCUCGUCCACCAACGCCGCUCCGCCCAGCUACCAGCAGCAGAACGCCAACUUCGCCAACUACCAGAACUGCACCAUUGUGCGCUCGCACACGCCGCACGGAAACUACGGCUACGUCAAGGUGGCGCCCAAGAUCCUCAUCUUCCCCAUCUUCGUUCAGCCUCUCGACCUGUGCAGCCGAACGCUGGUCAUUUCUGAGGAGAUGAUUCUGCACGAGAGCAAGCACCACUCCCUGAAGGUGACGGUGUUCGUCUACAACGACCUGAUGCUGGUGACGAGAGAGAGCGAGCCGGGGAGGUGCAACGUCCUCCAGAGUCCCCUCUUCCUCCGACACCUGCGGCUCCAGGACGAUUACGCCGAGGAGCUGAGGUUCUACCUGAUCCACAUGACGGAGAAGUGCGACUGCCUGCUCAGCCUGGAAGCUUAUUCGUCCGACCAGAAGCGCCGCGUGUGUCAGUGCCUGAAGGACAACAUCGACAAGCAGCUGCAGCUGCAGCGACGGGAGCCCGUGGGCUCUCACUUCGACCAGAUGUUGGAGCCCAAGCUGGACGCCUCGUCCUGCGACCUGGGGGGGGUCGGGGGGGGCCCGGGGGGGCUCCACCUUCCGGCCCCCAGCCCCGAGGCCGAGGACAGCCUUUACCCGUCCAGCCCCUCGGACCCGCCGCCGGCCGGCAGCCCCCCGCCCUCCGAGCCCCUCACCCCUCUGGACGAGGUCUACAUGCCCCUGGGGGGCCUGACGGGGUCCGGGGGACGGCACAAGGUCCCGCCCACGCCCCCCCCGUCCACCGAGGGGGAGGACUCCAAGAGCCUGGAGGGCCAGGAGAUGGACAUCUGGAAGGAGAAGAGGAAGGAGGAGGAGGACGAGGAGGACGGGAGGAAGAGUGCGGGAAGCGACCCGGAGGACGGAGGAGAGGAAACCCACCUGCUGGUGUCCAACACCGACAACGAGGACAACGUCUCGGAGCCGCAGGACACCAACGCCCCCCCCUCGUCCUCCUCGUCCUCCUUCGUCAUCCCGGAGCUGCGUCUGGACCGGUCCUUCAGCGCCGACGCCCUGUCCUCCCCCAACACCGACGAGGAGUACGAGGAGGAUGACUCCGAGGAGGAGGACGAGGACGAGGAGGACGACAGCGACGACGCCUACCUGCAGCGCAGCGACAGCAAGCGCCGCAGCAUGGUGGACGCCACCUGCGAGAAGCACGGCGGCGGGGGCGGGCUGAGCGUGCAGAACUCGCUGCGGCGGCGCACCCACAGCGAGGGCAGCCUGCUGCAGGACCCGCGCGGCGCCGUCUUCACCUCCGACAACGCCAUCAACUGCCUGGAGGCCGGGGCCCCCCCCAAGGGCGGCUGGACGCUGCCGUCGCCCCGGACCCUGAAGAAGGAGCUGACCAAGAACGGGGGCUCCAUGCAUCAGCUGUGCAUGCUGUUCUCCGGGAGGAAGCUCAGCGCCGGGUCGCCCUGCAGCUGCCAGGUCGACGACGACGGCAGCAAGAAGAAGAAGUCCAAGAACCUGGCCAAAGACAUGAAGAACCGGCUGGCCUUCCUGCGGAGGAGGAACGAGUCCCCGGGAAGCAACCCGGCCGGCAAGCUCGACAAAUCCAUGAAGACGGUCAAGCCCAGCCCGGAGGAGGCGCUGAAGUGGGGGGACUCCCUGGACAAGCUGCUCAACCACAAGUACGGCCUGGCAGCCUUCAGAGCCUUCCUGCGUACGGAGUUCAGCGAGGAGAACCUGGAGUUCUGGCUGGCCUGCGAGGAGUACCGCAAGAUCAAGUCCCAGUCCAAGAUGGCGUCCAAGGCCAAGAAAGUGUUUGCAGAAUACAUCGCCAUCCAGUCGUGUAAAGAGGUGAACCUGGACUCGUGCACCAGAGAUCACACUAAGGACAACCUGCAGAAUGUGACGCGCUCCUGCUUUGACUUAGCGCAGAGGCGGAUAUACGGGCUGAUGGAGAAGGACUCAUACCCCCGCUUCCUGCGCUCAGAACUCUACUUGGACUUAAUCAACCAAAAAAAGGCCAGCGCCACUUCCACUUCGUCUUCAUCGUAAAAGACCAGAGCGGGACGCCAGGAAAAGAGGAGGAGGAGGAAAGAAACAAGAGGGGGGCAGACUUGAAGAGAAACAGAGUGGGUGGGAUGUGAGGUUUUUGUUUUUUAUUUGUGUGAGUGUCUGUUUCAUCCUGUGUUACGAUGCGAGAGGAGGCAGCGACGCCACGGCACUGCAGAGGAAGGAUGGAUGGAUGGAUGCAUGGAUGGAUGAUGGAUGGAUGGAUGCAUGGAUGGAUGGAUAGAUGGAUACAUGGAUGGAUGCAUGGAUGGAUGCAUGGAUACCUGAAGGGAGCAGGAGACUUGUCUGAUCACUGUUACUGUUCUUUUCUUAAUGUUUUGUGUCAGAAAGCUUGAGUUUCUGGAGAAACGGAGGGUUUUGCACCAAAAUCCCUGCAAACGUGAAGACAGUCCGGUACUGUUGUGUCACUUUCUUUUAUUUUAUUUUGAAAGUCCCUCUUUAUUUUCCCGCCCCGCCCCCUCUUUCGCUCCAGCGCUCUCUUCUGUGAGGAAACUUCAGAUGUCGGUACGACACAAAGUCCCCUUUGGUGUUUUUAUCAGACUUAAGCUUUGGGGGACGGGGGGGGCACGCCAUCCCAGUCAAAGCUUCGUUUUAUUCCACUAGAUUUGAUCCGGGGGACGACAGCAGUGAAACGAAGGUUCCUGCCUCCAGAGUAGGGCUGGGCCAUUUUGUGUUUUUUCUCUGAAAACCCGAUUUUCGAUUUCGAUUUUUUUGGUAAAACUACAAAAUACAAUGGAAUAAAUUGUUUCAAAUAUUUUAUCUUUAUUUUUAAAGAAAAAUAGCAAAUAAAUUUCCCUAUUGGGAAUGAAAUGCAAUUGAAAGAUACUGUAAGAGUUUAGUAAAGUGACAUUUACCAUUUUCUUGACCAAACAAAGAUGUCUGUAAUGCAGCUGCAAAAAAGGAAAAUCCAUUUUCCGAUUUUCCUUUUUUUAACAUCGAUUGUGAUUAAUAAAUCCGAUUUAGAUUUAAAAUCGAUUAAUCGCACAGCCCUACUCCAGAGACUGUUCACCAGAAAGAAAGGAAGAUAGAAGAGGAAGAAGAAGAAGGAGAAGAGCGUCUCCGUCGCCAUCGUAGCUCAUUCUGGUUCUCAGGACAUUUAUCACAAGCCUCAGCUCGGUCGACCUUCCCGCUCACGCACCCUCGUUCUCCCGGGCAACGCUCCACAGGUUGCUAGUUUCACAUUCAGAGGACGUAAAAGAAAAAAAAAAGACUAAAAAAGUUGCUCCACUUGUACAGAGGUUCGUAUUUAUUUAGAUUAACUUGCUGGAAGCUUCUGCAGACACUCACAUCCUCCACAGCACUCCGCUAACGCCUCCCUCUUAACCACCAGGUCCAACGCUGUCCUCAAGUUUAAGUGCAAUAUUUUUUUAAUUUUAUGUUAUUAUUAUGUUGUUCAUUUUAUUUGGAUAUUAUUUUAUUUUUUUUUAAACGGGGAAGACGGAACAGCUUAAGCUCUGUAUUAACUUCUAUUUGUUAAGAGAAAAAAAUACUUAGAGCUAUAAGGUUGACUUACAAAAUAAACUCAAGAAGCAUAAGUAGUUUAAUGACUUUUAAGCAAGUGAUUCUAACUGUGUUAAACCCCGGCAGCAGGCAGCUGGGGAUGUUAUGGUUGUAAAUAUAAUUCUUUAAGAAAAUUAUGUGAUAAUGCAUUAAAAACGACGAACAAGGAGCCGCCACGUCUCUACUGGUGAUGAACGUGGAGCGGCUGCAUCUCUGGAUAACAUGUUAAACCGUAGGUGAGCAGCUACAGGCUGCUCUUUCCCUGGUCAUACACUGCUUGUAAGGAGUUUUCUGAAAUGCAUUUUAUCAUUUUCACUGUUUACAAUUCAAAAUGCAUCUCCUGUGAUAGCAAGUGAAAACAGUAGAGUACAUUUGGUGUCAUUGCUAAUGAUAAAUAAACCAACCGAUGACGUAAACUGCUGGCUG